AUGCCCGAUAAUGUUGCCACCCACGACGAUGCCGCAGUGAUAGUGCCACCCACAGGUCACAGCACUAUAAUCGCAGCGUCACGGUCACAGCACCACAGUCACGCCCCCACGGUCACUGCACCACAGUCACGCCCCCACGGUCACUGCACCACAGACAAGCCCCCACGGUCACAGCACCACAGUCCGCCCCGGUCACUGCACCACAGUCACGCCCCCCACGGUCACUGCAACACAGUCACGCCCCCACGGUCACUGCACCACACUCAUGCCCCCACGGUCACUGCUGCACCACUCACACCCACGGUCACUGCACCACAGACAAGCCCCACGGUCACUGCACCACCGCCCCCCCACGGUCACAGCACCACAGUUACGCCCCCACGGUCACAGCACCUCAGUCACGCCCCCACAGUCACUGCAUCACAGUCACGCCCCCACGGUCACAGCACACACAGCCACGCCCCACGGUCACAGCACCACAGUCACGCCCCACGAUCACAGCACCACAGUCACGCCCCUACGGUCACAGCACCACAUUCACGCCCCCACGUCACAGCACCACAGUCACACCCCACGGUCACUGCACCGCAGUCACGCCCUCACGGUCACAGCACCACAGUCACGCCCCCACGGUCACAGAACUACAGUCACGCCCCCACGGUCACUGCACCACGGUCACGUCCCCAUGGUCACAGCACCACAGUCACGCCCCCACGGUCACAGCACUAUAGUCUCAGCACGAGCGUGGGAAUUCUAUGA